CCGAAGUCGUGGCCUCCAGCUUUCUCCGCGCGGACUGAGGGUCCCCGCGUUCCCGCCGAGGUCGGCCGAUAAAGGACGGGCGGGGCGCCUGGGGAGGGCUCUAUAAGGAGGCCAGGGUGGCGGGCGCAGCCCCCAGAGUGCUUCAGUCCGGCGGCAUGCUCAGCGCCCAGGAACGAGCCCAUAUCUGGGCGGUCUGGGACCUAAUCGCCGGCCAUGAGGCGCAGUUUGGGGCGGAGCUGUGGCUCAGGCUCUUCACAGUGUACCCCAGCACCAAGGCCUACUUCCCGAAGCUGGGCGCCUGCCUGGACGAGAUGCAGCUGCUGAGCCACGGACAGCGCACACUGGCGGCGGUGGGCGUGGCCGUGCAACACAUGGAUAACCUGCGCGACGCUCUGAGCCCGCUGGCCGACUUGCACGCGCACAUGCUGCGUGUGGACCCAGCCAACUUUCAGCUGCUGAUCCAGUGUUUCCAGGUCGUGCUGGCUUCCCACUUGCAAGACGAGUUCACAGUGGAGAUGCAUGCCGCAUGGGACAAGUUCCUGACAGGCGUGGCCGUGGUGCUGACUGAAAAGUAUCGCUGAGCCCAGUACCCGGAAGCCCUUGGUCUGUGCCUGUCAAUAAACAAAGGCC